UUUCAUUUUCUUUUCCAAUUCCAUGUCCAUCAAGUCGUGAAAGUUUGGCGCUCGUUCAGGUGGUCUCGUGUCGCCUUCUGGAUCGUUCCUCUCUCAGGAAACCCAACGCAGCUAGUGGACUUUCGUAAGCUUGUUUGCUCUCUUGUGUGUGGUGAAAUCAACGAUUUCGAUGAAAAAGAAGCACUAUGAAGUGCAAAGAAACCAAAUGUUAUUGUGUUGGCUUAUGGUUGCUUGAUAUUUAAACCGAUCAUAUUUCAAACUUCAAUUAUCUCAGGGAAUAGCUGAGCCUGAAUUGCAGUUUGUUGGUAAUGGGAUUAUUAAGGUUUAUAAAGAGUUAUAACUGCCCAUUCAAGGCUAAAACUAGAAACAGAGUAUACACACUUCAGCACAUCCAAAGUAGAGGGUUCUCGAAGUCUGAGCUCUUCAAUGACAGAGAUGCAGUGCUUCCAGUUUUGGUCAUUGGUGCUGGACCUGUCGGUCUUGUUCUCUCUAUUCUUCUAACUAAAUUAGGGAUUAAAUGUGCAGUUUUGGAGAGAAACACUACAUUUUCUAAACAUCCACAAGCACACUUCAUUAACAAUCGAUCCAUGGAGAUAUUCCGCAAAAUUGAUGGCCUUGUUGAAGAAAUCCAAAGCUCUCAACCACCUGUGGAUUUAUGGAGGAAGUUUGUAUACUGUACUUCGCUCUCUGGUUCAAUUCUUGGAUCAGUGGAUCACAUCCAACCUCAAGAUCUUGAGCAUGUUAUCAGCCCAGUCUCUGUUGCACACUUCUCACAGUACAAGCUGAAUUCUUUACUAGUUAGGCAGCUUGAGGCUCUAGACUUCCAAAUAUGUGCACCUGAAAGCUCAGAAGGAAGUGAACGGUCCCAUGAAAUAAAAAUACUGAUGGGUCAUGAGUGUGUAUCUAUUGAUGCAAACAAUGAUUUUGUUACUGUAACUGCAUCUUUGAUGAAUAAAGGGCAGUACGCGGAGAAGAAAAUCCAUUGUAACAUCCUUGUUGGUACAGAUGGUGCAGGAAGCACUGUGAGAAAGCUUGUAGGAAUACAAAUGAGAGGUGAGACAGACUUGCAGAAGCUUGUCAGUGUCCAUUUUUUGAGCAAAGACCUUGGGCAGUAUUUGCUUAAGGAGAAUCCUGGCAUGCUUUUUUUCAUCUUCAAUUCUGAAGCCAUUGGGGUUCUUGUUGCUCAUGAUCUCAGGCAAGGGGAAUUUGUAUUGCAGAUGCCAUUUUAUCCACCUCAGCAAACAAUUGAGGACUUCAGCUCAAAGGUAUCUCCAUUCAGUUUAGAUGGUUAAUUGACUGGAUGUAGUUUACUUAUGCUUGAAAAAG